CUCUCCGCCUCCUAGAGCCCGAAGCAGCCCGCAGAGCGGCGGAGGCAGCGCGUUGGUCGCGGCUCUCUUUGGCUGCUGGUUGCUCCUGGGCGGAGCCCGCCCCGCGGUGGCUGGCCGGGUCAACCCGGUCGGCCCGCAAGGUGCCCUGUGUCCCAGGCCCAUCAAAGGAGAGGUGCAACAAGAAUACUUUGCCUGAUAGGAACCUAGGGUGCUGCGUUGGAGGUGUGCAACGGAGGCUGGUUGUGGGUCAGAAGGAAAAGAGGACCCAGCUCUUCCUCCAUUCAGCUCUGGUUCUCCAUCAGCCCCAGAGGGGCUGCCACUGCCCAGUCACCACCUGACCCUGGAAGGGGGAUCGGCGUGGGAGACAUCCCCAAAGCUUCUGGAAACAAGGCAAGCCUAUUCAUUCUAGAUUCAAGAAAUGAUGACAGGACAGCUCCUGGUGAAGUCCACUCUAUUUUUGAAAUCUUACAGGAAGUUUGUGAGGGUACCCUUGAAGUUAUCUCUCCCAUUUUAUAGACAAGGCAGGCAUACAGCCAGGGAUUGGCAGAGCAGAGAGUUCCCAUUGUGGCCCAGCCGGUUAAGAACCCAACUAGUAUCCAUGAGGAUGGGGGUUCGAUCCCUGGCCUUGCUCAGUGGGUUAAGGAUCUGGCGUUGCUGCAAGUUGCUGUAUAGGCCACAGAUAUGGCUCGAAUCCCGUGUUGCUGUGGUGUGGCAUAGGCUUGCAUCUCCGAUUCAACCCCUAGCCUGGGAACUUCCAUGUGCCACAGGUUUACCCCCCCACCCCAAAAAAAAUAGAGGAGUUGGCAGAGGAGAGUCUCAAAGGCAGGGCUAACUGCUCUGUCUGGGUUCUGGUUCCUGAGGGCUGUCUCCUGGGCUGGCAAAGGAACUAGACUUGAAGAGUCCAUGAAAGAGGCCAUUUGGUGUGAAGCUGGGAGUAGGGGGCAGUUGUCUCUCCAGCCUCCAUGCCGCCCUUUUCAUUUCUAGGUGUGCCAUGCCCUUCCCUAGCCCCAUCCUCCCUCAUGCCUAGGCAUUUCCUCAAGGAUAUUCUCCAUGAGUUCUCCUCCCACUUGAUAUCAGCUGGGGUAGAGCAUUAAAUAUUGCUAUCAAUGGUAAAACAGGUUCUGAUUUUAGCAUUAGUAUGUACAAUGUGAUGAAAAGAACCAUUUUUCCAAACAGGCUGUCAGUGAGACAUCACUUUACCCUUUGACAUCUUUCACCUUUGAGGACCCUCACCACUCUGUCCACCAGUUCAUUUGUCACCUCUCAGCCCUGGUUUCCUCCUUAGCAAACUGAGUGUGGCCUGGUGGUUAGGAUCCCUGCUCUGGGCUCAAGUCCCAAUUCCCCUACCUGCUACUCUACACUUUGGGCAAGAGAAUUUACCUCUCUGAGCUUCAGUUUCCUUAUCUCUAAGAGACCUAUAAUCAUAUCUGCUCUCUAGCAUUCCUUUAUGGAUUCAAGAGUCAUUACAUGUGACAGGCCAAGCACAGAGCCUGGCUGUCAGAAGCACCUGGUGGAUGGAAGUGGUUUUAGCUGGCACGAGGAUGAUGGUGGUCAGUGAUGCUGGGAGGACAUCUCAGAUGCUCCUCACACUGUGGAGUAUCUGAGCCCUUGCCCUGGAAUGGUUGAGUGUGAACCCUCAGACCCUUGCCCAGAGCGGGGGAAAGGACAAGGGCUGAGUUUUUCCUCUGCUGGGAGCUCCGGGGUGGGAUUUGAGGAAGAGAUCCAGGUGGCCUUCUGGGGACUCAGUCCUACCCUCUUCUCCUUUUCCUCUCCUCCUCCAGACUGUGGUACAGUCCUCAAUGAGCCGGUCCCAGGUAGCCCUGCUGGGCCUGGGCCUGCUGCUUAUGCUGCUACUGUAUGUGGGGCUUCCAGGACCAUCUGAGCAGACCUCCUGGCUCUGGGGAGAUCCCAAUAUCACGAUCCUGGCUGGUCUCACCCCUGGCGACUCCCCCCUUUUUUACCGCGAGGUGCUCCCCCUCCACCAGGCCCGCAGGGUGGAUGUGGUGCUGCUCCAUGGAAAGGCCUUUAACUCCCACACGUGGGAGCAGCUGGGCACGCUGCAACUGCUGGCGCAGAGGGGCUACCGGGCCGUGGCCCUUGACCUCCCAGGUUUUGGGAAUUCGGCACCUUCAAAGGAGGCAAGCACAGAGGCGGGGCGGGCAGAGCUGCUGGAGCGAGUGUUACGGAACCUGGAGGUGCAGAAUGCCGUGCUGGUGAGCCCUUCCCUGAGUGGCCGCUAUGCUCUGCCCUUCCUGAUGCGAGGCCACCACCAGCUGCAUGGAUUCGUGCCCAUUGCACCUGCUUCCACCCAGAAUUACACCCAGGAACAGUUCUGGGCUGUGAAGACCCCGACUCUCAUCUUGUAUGGGGAGCUGGACCGCAUCCUGGCUCAGGAGUCACUGCAGCAGCUCCGCCACCUGCCUAACCACUCUGUGGUGAAGCUGCGCGACGCAGGCCAUGCCUGCUACCUCCACAAGCCACAAGACUUCCACCUCGUCCUCCUUGCCUUUCUUGACCAUCUGCCUUGAGCUUACCCACUGCCCAGGCCCAGGCUUGGCCUAAGCUUGGAGGGUCUGAACCAGUCCUCACCAGGGAAGCAGUCCCUAGAAUUGGAGGGCAGCAACCAGAGGACCAGGCCCAGUUAGGACCUCUCAUUUCAUCUCAGAGGCACAAUAAAAAAGAAAACAAAAAUUUUUGUUAUGCCUUGGGAAUGAUAGGUCCUAUUUCCUGAUGUUGCUGCAGGUGGGGUGGGAGCUAAGGGCAGGUCUGGGACUGCUUUGGGGCUGAGAGCUGGAGGGAGUGCUUUUCAGUAGCUUGGGAAGGCUAAGGACAUGGGCUGCUCAUAGACGGCCAGCGUUACCACUCUGUAACUGAGUUUCCUCAUCUGUAAAAUGGGCAUGAUGGUAACACCUAGCUCAGGAAAGUGGUUUUAGGAUUGAAUGAAAUGUCUGGGUAAGCAGAGCACUUGAUCACACAGGAGUGGUGACUGACCACUGGGACUGGUGGGAAAUCCAGGGUUUGGCAGCUGAGCUGAGUGAGCCAGGAAUGCAGAACCUAUGGCCAGUGAGCAUGAUGUGUAAAGGUGGGGACAGGGAAUGUGGUUUAAAAAGUAGCAUAGUGUGGGGGUGGGGGGGUGUUUCUUUCUGUACCCCUCCUGAAUUCUUUCAGCUAGACUAGCAAUAAAAUUAACACAAAACAGGAGUUCCUGCCAUGGUACAAGGGGAUCAGUGGCACCUCUGCAGCACCAGAAGGCGGGUUCAAUCCCCAGCCCGGCACAAUGGGUUAAGGGAUCAAGCAGUGCUACACCUGUGGUAUAGGUCACAACUGUGGCUUGGAUCUGAUCCCUGGCCCCUGGCCCAGGAACUCCAUAUGGUGGCCAAAAAAGAAGAAAAAAUUACACAAAACAGAUUAACAGGAGGAAGAGAAGCAAAUUUUAACUUAGUGCAAGGUCUUAUAGAGAUGAGACCUACGAAGUGGACAGAGCAGCCAGCUUUUAUACUUGUUAGACAAAGAAACAAUAAAUUUGUGAGGGCUUGACAGAACAAA